GAACACUUGAAAAAAGCUUCAAACAGUUCAAGAAAACAGUAAAAAACUGAGCUUCCAAUGCAGCGUUUGAGUAAAUUCAUUGAAAAUUAUCAAACUCCAUUUUCCAGAUUGAUCACUUCUCGUCAUUCUUGCAGCAAAUUGUUCGUUGGAGGGCUUUGUUAUGAUACAAAUGAACCUGUUCUUAAACAAGCUUUUGAGCAACAUGGUGAAAUUAUUGAAGUGAAAGUAAUAUGUGAUCAUAAAAGUGGACAAUCCAAAGGAUACGGGUUCGUGAAGUUCACUUCGGAAACUGCAGCUAGCAAGGCCUUGAAGGAAAUGGACGGUCAAGUAAGUGUAGAAGUGUUAUUGGAUGGCAGAAAUAUUCGCAUCAGUUAUGCCCACAAAGAAUGACAUCGAGGGUUUCAAAUCUCAUCUCUCCUCAUGUGUGCAAGAACUAGCGAUUUUAUCCGUGAAGUUGUAUUGAAGAUCGUCUUGAUUCAAGAAUUUAGUUGAGGGAGAAACAUCCACCAACCAAAAAGGUCUCAUACCAUGAUUCUGCAUCGUGUCUCUGGCAUGACGUUCUGGUGGUAGUUAGCUUGUCGUCUAACUAGUCCAGAUCAAACUUUUAUUGGUCCGUUUUCUUUUUCCCUUGUACCUACUAGACGAAUUCAUGUUUCCUGUAUGAACGAGGAUCGUUAAGAGGAUUCAAUUUUUACUGUUGUUAGAAGGAAUUUUUAUGCAAUAGCUUUGAAAUUUUUGUGUGGAUGAUACAGGUUGUCAUAUAAAAGAUUUGUAAAUACGUUUUAUACCUGAGUAUCAACAACAAUUACGCCCUGAGUAUCAAACAAGUUGAAGUAAACUAUACGAAUCUUCCCUGUUUGAGACAACUUUGCAUCUAUCUCGAGCAAACAAAAAUGGUAUGGCUGUGUAAGGACUUCGACUAAAAUCUAACUGUCUGGAUUGAAGUUUUCGAGCCUCUCAGUUUGCCUCUACUUGAUUCUUCUGGGAGUAGAUCCACAACUUCUUUCUGGAAAACAAUAUUCCAAAAGUUGUUCUGACCUCAGAUUAAUUCGUGCUAGAAAACAAGCCCUUUUUUUCUGGCCGCGGACAAUAAAGAAGAUAACACUGACAUAGUUUACAACAACAACAACAACAUACCAGUGAAAUCCCACAAGUGGGGUUGGUUUGGGAGGGUAGAGUGUACGCAGACCUUAUCCCUACCUCGUGGAGGUAGCGAGUAUGUUUCCGAAGGACCCUAAUUGGCUCAAGUGCAGAGUAGUUAUAAAGGAAAAACGACAGUGAAGAAAAUAUGACAGAGAGUCCUCUAGGUAAUGUAUAUCCUUGCUAUCACUCAAUCAGUUUAAUAAGCUAACCUUCAAUUACUAGAACAAUAUUUUGAGAGACGAGAACUCGUUUGAAGCCUCAGAAAAUACUAAAGAUCUCUUUUCGGAGGAUCCAACACGGGUGCAGCUAGCGUUUUGGAGG